AAAACAUGUUAGUGUUUUCUGUUUUGCUUUUUUCUUUUGAGUACUAGGAAAGAGACCAAAAGAGAAAAUAAAUUGUUUCCUGAGUUGAGAGUAACCAAGAAAGCAAAAGGAAGAACGUGGUGAAUCCUUAAAACGAUGGUGGGGUGUGAAUGAAGGGUGUAAAGUCAACUACUUGGAAAUGGCAAAUCCAAUGGAAAGGAAGACUUUUAGAGAGCUAUUAUCAAAGUUAAUCCCAAACAACUAUUCAUACAUCACAAUAUCGAAUUCGGGUGCUUAAUGGAUCUGAUGGCUUUGGUUUUAGCUAAUUAUUACUUUUAACUGAUCAUAAUAUCAUAAUAUCGAACAUCUUCACAUUAUCAUUUGCAAUUUUUCUCUUAUAUAUCAAACAGUAUGAAAUUGUCAGACAAAUUUUGUUCUCUCGUUUCUUUCUUAUAAUAGUUUCUCCAGUAUUUUCAUUCGGGGGAUGUUAUGCAUGUUAAUUAAUUAUGGCCCUUCUUGGAACAAAGCCAACAAAGAAGACUUUUGGAGUGGAGAUCACGUGAUUUCUUAGUAACUUUCGGUUCAAGUAACUUCUUUUUCACUACUCAUCCAACUCUCUUCUCUCUUCAUCAUCUUCUUCUUCUACUUUCACCCUCUUGAGUUUGAGCCUGAUCAAAAGCCAAAACCAAAAUGGCUAAUGAUCAGCUGAAGCAUUCUCCAUCUCAGUUUUCCCAAAUCUUCCAUUUUCUCUUCUUACUUAUUGGCUUCUCCUUUGGAAUGGCUAUCAGUUUGAACCUCAAGAGCUUCUCAUCAUUUAAUAUCCAUCUCCCUAACUUUUCCUUGCCAUCUUCACAAUCAUCAACACUGGUGUCUAUCAAACAACAGCAGCAACAACCUCCAGCCUCAUCGUCACCCCCACCACUUCAACUGCCGUCCCCUUCGGUUGAGCUCGACAUGAAUGAGUUUUUGGAGGCAAACGUAGAGCCGCCUCUGAUGCAUAGCAUGAGGGAUGAUGAGGUGUUUUGGAGAGCGUCCAUGGUUCCAAUGAUCAAAGAGUUUCCAUAUGAACGUGUGCCAAAAAUUGCUUUCAUGUUUCUGAUAAAAGGGGCAUUGCCUUUAGCUCCUUUGUGGGAAAUGUUCUUUAAAGGCCAUGAAGGCUUGUUUUCAAUUUAUGUGCAUACUCAUCCAUUGUAUAAUGUUUCUUCUUCAUUACCUCCAAACUCUGUUUUCUAUGGAAGAAGAAUCCCAAGCCAGGCAGUGCAAUGGGGAAGACCCUCCAUGAUCGACGCAGAGCGCCGCCUUCUAGCGAACGCCCUUCUCGACUUCUCAAACGAAAGAUUCAUCCUCCUCUCCGAAACCUGUAUUCCUCUCUACAACUUCACAACUAUCUAUAAUUACCUUGUUAAUGCUCAACACACCUUCGUUUCUUCCUACGAUGAUCCUCGAAAAAUCGGUCGUGGUCGUUACAACCCCAAGAUGUUUCCGAUCGUGUCGAUUGCCAACUGGCGAAAAGGAUCACAGUGGUUUGAAGUUGAUCGAACGGUGGCCGUUGAGAUAAUCUCUGACAAAACAUAUUAUCCUAUUUUCCGGGAUCACUGCGGCCCACCGUGUUACAUGGACGAGCAUUACAUUCCUACGUUGGUUAAUAUUGUUAUGCCGGACCGGAAUUCCAACAGAACCGUUACUUGGGUUGAUUGGUCCAAAAAUGGUCCGCAUCCUGGAAGAUUCGGGAGGCGGGAGGUCUCGGUCGAGCUUUUGAACCGGGUUCGGUUCGGUUUUAAUUGUACUUAUAAUAAUGGAAACGACACCGUUUCCUUAUGCUUUCUGUUUGCUCGGAAAUUCAUGCCGGAUUCUUUACAACCUCUGCUGAAGAUUUGGCCAUCUCUGUUGGAAGGUUUGGUUUAAUCUUAAAUAAUAAUAAUAUAAUGUUGCUAAAUUCUAAA